AUGCUAAAGUGGGUUCAAUCAGGGUAUGUUUACAGAUUAAUGCUAAUUGGACAUUGUAUGGGAAAGAAGCGGUAUAACACCGGGCUUUGA